CCACAUUGCUAAAGAGAAGCUGAGCAAGAGAAAUAACAACUAUAUAAGAGACGAAAGGCUCAAUUCAAAUAACAAAGCCGCUCGGUGAUCACAUAGCAGAAAUUUCUCUCGUCAUUUUAUUCUUUAUACUUGGAUAUUGAAGUUCGUAAUAUUAACCCUGCUGCAUCGGCGUCGUCUGUUGUAACCUAAUCUAGCAGAAGAAUCAACAGAGAAGACAAAUGGGAGAAAGAAAAGUGUUGAAUAAAUAUUACCCGCCUGACUUCGAUCCGGCGAAGAUCCCACGUAUUCGCCGACCCAAAAACCAGCAAAUUAAGAUCCGAAUGAUGCUUCCCAUGAGCAUCCGCUGCAAUACGUGCGGCAAUUACAUCUACAAAGGAACCAAAUUCAAUUCCCGCAAAGAAAAUGCCGUCGGUGAGACAUAUUUAGGGAUUCAAAUCUUCAGAUUUUACUUCAAAUGCACCAGAUGCUCUGCUGAACUCGCCAUGAAAACUGACCCUCAAAAUUCUGACUACGUUGUCGAGGCCGGCGCCACCCGCAAUUUCGAACCUUGGCGGGCGGAGGAUGAGCAAGCUGAUGAACUGAGGAAAACAAGAGACGCGGAGGAGAUGGGGGAUGCUAUGAAAUCGCUCGAGAACCGGACGUUGGAUUCCAAGAGAGAGAUGGUUAUUCUUGCUGCUCUUGAUGAAGUCAAGUCUAUGAAGAGUAGACAUGCUACUGUCAGCGUUGAUGCAAUGCUUCAGGCUUUACACCACACGGAGGAAAAUAUGGAAGUGGAGGAUGAAGAACUUGUAAAAUCUAUAUUUGAUCAAAGGUCAAACGAGCUCAUUAGAAGGAUUUCUGAUGAAGAUUUUGACGACGACGAUGAUGAAACAUCUACAAAUUAUCUGAAGAGGAGAAAGAUCUGUGAUGAACUUUCCAGUAAACCGACUGAUUCAUUAACCAAGGAGAAUGCUGUGGCUAAAACCAGGAGCUUACACCCGCUGUUCAAAAUAGCCGUCAUCAAGAAACCAACCAAGGCUGCUGAUAGUAACCGAAAGGCUGGAGCAGACGACACCGGCACUGGACUUCUAUCCCUUUGCCAGAGCUAUAAUAGCGAUGAUGAUUAGUCAAUAGUUUUAUAGUAUGUAUGUAAUGGAAUUAGAAUUAGAACUAUAUUUUAUGUCUGUACUUUCAAUUGAGCUUAAAUAAAAUGAGUUUAUGG